ACUGCUGCAUCAGGGUGGCCAAUAGGCAGCAGCAGCAGCAGCUUCAGUGUCAGUGUAAAGUGAAAGUAGGUGGAUAGAAAGAAAAAAAACAACAAACGCACACGGAAGGCGCUGACUUAUAUCUCUUUACGUGUGUUAAAGAGCUGGCGUCGAAAUCAGAGCUUGCAUACUAUGGCGCUGUGGGCGCAAAUGACUCCGCGGUUACAGUACCUGCCAACUCAGACACUGAAUGAACUCUACCCGGACUCAUUCCCUCUGGACGUCAGGCACUAUCUGGCAAGCUGGAUAGAGGAACAGAGAUGGGAGACCUUUGAUGUCGAUAACAUGGAGCAAGAGCCUCAGGCCCGAAGGCUGUUGGAUCAGAUGGUGCAUUUGCUGCAGGAGGUGGCCCAACUCAACCCUAACGUGGUGGAGAGGGUCAAACUACAACAUAUCAGCCGGAACUUGAGUGUGUUCCAGCCACAACCCAUGCAACUUGUGAGGACAGUUCGAGAUAUUCUAAGGAAAGAAAGACACUUAUUAGCACAGGCGGGUAUGCACCCUAACUUCCCACCCUUCCAGCAAAUUCCUCAGGGUCCUCCAGCUAUCAAUGGCACCCAACAACCUGCAAGGGAGGAUGGGAAGACUGAUGUAGACAAUCUGGUGCUCAAAGUUUUGGAAAUUCAGAACUGUCGCCAAACACUUCAUCAGCUUCAGGAGGAUUUGAACUGGGAAAAGCAAGAAAUGGAGACGAUUCAAGGUCAAAAUGAGCUGGAUCCACAGCAUUCAGAUCAGGUCGCUAGACAGACUCGCAUACAACAGCUUGAAUACAACUAUUCAGUCUGUGCAAAGAAGCGUGUGCAGCUCCUUCACGAGGCCUUGUGCGCUCUGGAGCAGUGCCAGUCCUGUCUUAUUCUCAGAAUUAAGUCCUGGAGGUGGGAACAGCACCGAGCAACCAUUGGCGUGCACUUUGAUGACAACCUUGGCCCUCUUCAGACAUGGUGUGAGCAGUUGCUUGGAGUAAAUGGUAACCUGAGGCAGGAGCUCAUGUUGGUGAAGAGAGACCACGGAGGGGCUGAGUUUCACACGUUGCAGGAAAGCCUGGCACAUCUGCUCCAGACUCUCAUACAGAGUUCAUUGGUAGUAGAUAAGCAGCCUCCCCAGGUCAUCAAAACCCAAUCCAAGUUUUCCACCACUGUACGGUAUCUGCUGGGAGAGAAGAUGGCCCCUGGGAAACCUGUCCUGUUGAAGGCUCAGAUUAUUACUGAGGCUCAAGCGAGAAACCUGGGUCAGCAAGGUGUCGUACCCAAUGAAAAUGUAGGAGAACUUAUCAACAGCACGGCCAUAUUAGAGCACAACACUUCAAGCAAGAGCACAUGUGCUACCUUUAGAAACAUGUCCAUAAGGAAGAUCAAACGAGCUGACAGGAAGGGCUCUGAGUCAGUGACAGAGGAAAAGUUUGCUUUGUUGUUUACCACAGAAAUAACCAUCACAGGCUGUGAGACCCCUUAUAGCAUUCAGGCAAUCUCUCUUCCUGUGGUUGUAAUUGUACAUGGUAGUCAGGAAAUCAAUGCUAUGGCAACCAUAAUAUGGGACUGUGCCUUUUCUGAACCUAACAGGAUACCUUUCAUUGUUCCGGAGCGUGUACCCUGGAAGCAGAUGUGUGAAGCUCUUAGCAGUAAGUUCAUGUCUGAAGUGCAGACGCAGCGGUGCUUGGACAGAUACAACCUUCACUUUCUCGCCCAGAAGAUCUUUGACCAACCAGACAUCUCUGAAGAUUUUAGCAAUAUGCCAGUGUCCUGGGCUCAGUUCAACAAGGAAGUUCUGCCUGGUCGAAACUUCACCUUCUGGCAGUGGUUUGAAGGGGUGAUGGAUCUUACAAAGAAAUGCCUGAGAGACUAUUGGAGUGAUGGACUGAUCUUUGGCUUCAUUGGAAAACAGCAUCUCCAUGUCAUCCUGCAAAACAAACCCAGCGGCACCUUUCUUUUGCGCUUUAGUGACUCAGAGAUUGGUGGCAUCACCAUCGCUUAUGUGGGUCCCACUGAUAAUGGAGGCAGGAAAAUCCAGAAUAUCCAACCCUUCACCAAGAAGGAUCUGGACUCAGCUGGCCUUGGCGAUCGCAUACGAGACAUUAACUGCAUCACUCACGUGUAUCCAGACUUACCAAAGAAUGAAGUAUUUAAGAAAUUCUUUACAGUACCUUCUCCCCCUAAUCCUGAUGGAUACCUGCCAUUCAAGCUAACAACAGUAGUCAACCCAGGAGACCAGGGUUCCUCCACUGCCAGCAUACCAACUGAAACUCCUAUGGAUAUGUACGGGCAACCUAUGAGCAAUGUCUAUGGGUCAAACAUGAAUCAGGGCAUGUUCUCCCCACUUCCUCAGUCUACACCCCCAUAUAUGCCAGAGCAAAUACCUGUUCAAGGACCACUCUACCAAUCACCCAUGCCACAAGCUCCCUCAAGUGAAGAAAUAGACAUGGAAGCACUGGAGGGAAUUUUGUCAUCAAUUUGUCAAAAAGACUAGCAAAGAUCUUCAUUAGAGGUGCAGACCCUCUGUUCUUCUUGGACGAAGGCUAUUGGAUGGCUUGGUGCUCUAAGGACAUCCAGCACAACUCACAAGUCCCAAAGGACAUAUUACCCAUUUGUUGUUAAAACAAGUGUAUCAGUAGGAAUGCAGUUUUCUUAAAUUAAUUUCCAUGAAUCAUUGGGUGGUGGGUGUUUUUAUCACAUGGAUUGUUUUCAACUCAAUGUCACACUCGCUUUCUCUUGCAUAAACACACUAAAUGUGCAGUUCAAAGGAACAGUGUGUUUCACUCAAUCAUAGUGAAUGCUUGCUAUCAACAUUUUAAUAAAAUUUCUAUGAGAAGCAGGUGAACCUCUGGCAUAAGAGUCUUAUUAGCAUGUAGUACAUAAACACAAGUGGUUCCCUGUUUCGGUCUUAUGACUGCUCUUGAAAGUAGCAUUAUAACUGACAAGUGAAACAGGAAAUUAUUUGCUAUCAGGUGGUUUUAUCAAAAGAGACCAAAUAGAUUUAACAUAAUACACAUUUUUGUCUGCCAGAAGUUUUUUUCCUUUACAUUUGAUGCAGAAAAACAUAUCCAGGGACCAGGGUAUAUAGGUGAUUUUUACUCCCACUGUCCUGAAUGAAAUGUAUUGUCUGUAGAUGCAGACAAUGAUACUUUCUAGACCUUUUAGAAAUGAUACAAAUAUGUUUUGUGCCAAAUUCCAUAUAGACAGUUUUUUAUUUGGUUGUUUGAUUUGCAUGACUUGUGUGUGAUUGCAUAUUCAAUAUUCAGUAUUUGUCUACAGACUACAGUCAGGUUUGGCCAAUAAAGCUAAAAUUAAAGUUUUUUAAAUCUAAAAUCACUAGCGAGUUUUGCUUUACUCUAUCAUGUAUCAUUUGUUCCUCCACUUGCACAAAAUGAGCUCAAUUUUAUUACUGCAGACCUGUAAACCUCUCUUUACAUCAUUGAUGAGUAUAAAUCAUGUAAAAUACAUAUCAUGUGCACAAAAUAACAGUAAGGUUUUAUGUCAGAUGUAGACAUAAUACUGUCUCUACCUACUCUACAGUGUUCUGUGUGCACCUUUUCUGUGUUUAGUCUUUAGUACUACAAGUCGUCAACUAUCUUAAAAUGGAAAUGUAAUAUACAGUGUCUCUUCUGUAAACUUUGAUUUUUGCCGUCCAACAAAUACUGUUCUGUAUCUUGUAAAAUAGUAAGCUUUCAUCUUAGUGCUUUGAAUAUGAAAAUAUAUCAAAUGGGAUGUUUUUCAAAGGUGCCAUCAGUAACUGUCUGUAUGUAUUUAGUCUAGAAAGGGAGUUCCACACAGUUUUGUUUCUGUUGUCUAUUCAGAUGUUCUUUCUGUAGCACUAACUGAUGAAUGUGCUAGUUAUGCACCUGCCUGAUCGAUAACCGGAAAUCUUGUCAUAUUGCUGUUACCUGCCACAGAGAAGUAUAAAGCACUUAUGCAUUUAUCUAUGAAAAAUGUAAAAGUUGCCAUUUUUCUUUUUUAAUACAUGUGACCAAAUUUGUAAAGCAGGUAUAUAAGAUUUAAAAAAAAAAAAGAAAUGUUCAUAUUUUAAUGUUUUAAAUCUGAUAAAUAAAGUCAAAAUCCAUGUA